AUGUCGUAUUUUUACUACAUUCUAAAGCUUUUGCAGUAUUUCUCCUUUUUAGAAUAUCUUCUUUUUAAUCUCAAUAAAAACAAAAAAAAAUUGGCACGCCAAUUUGUUGUUUUGACCCUAUUGGUUUUAACCAUCGCCACUGCUUUCGCAGCUGACGCUCCUUCUGCCUCUCCCAAAAAAUCUCUAUCACCCACUACUGCACCAACCAAAGCUCCUGCGGCCCCAACCAAGGCCCCUGCAUCACCAACCAAGGCUCCAGCAGCUGCACCUAAGUCAUCUUCAGCUUCUUCUCCCAAAGCAUCUUCCCUUGCUGUCGAAGGACCUGUUUCCGACGAUGACUACAAUGCUUCCAGUCCUAGUGACUCUGAGGCAUCUACCGUCUCCUCCCCACCGUCACCCACCCCUGAUAGCAGUGCUGCUGAUGGACCAAGCAACGGACCUAGUGCAGAGUCACCUUCAAACGGUGCUGUGACAAAUGUUAAAUUUUCCGUUGUUGGUAUAAUGGCCGUUGUUGGUUUCUUCUUCUUUUCUUUCUAAGUUAAAUCAUCCACGUUUUUGCUUGGAUAGAUAAGAGUUUUGAGUUGUGGUUGAAAAAUUAUUUUACGUUGAUAAAUCGAGAUUAAUUGGAGUUGAUAUAAAACCUAAUUUCAUAAUGAAAUUUUGUUAGAACAAAUUUUUCAUAUUUUGUUUGAUAAAAUUAA